AUGCAACAAGAGGUAAUCGACCUGGGUGUUACCAUGGAAUGGCCAGUACCCACAAAGGUCAAAGAAGUCCAAUUGUUCCUAGGGUUUGCCAACUUUUUACGCCAAUUUGUUGCCAAUUUUAGCCACAUGGCCAGGCUGCUACACAACCUGGUCAAGAAAAACACGCCCUGGCAAUGGAAUUCUAAGGAGCAGGAAGCAUUCCAAGGAUUAAAGGACGCCAUCACCAACGCACUGGUACUAUGUCACGCGGACCCAACAAAGCCCUACUUCCUGGAAACAAACGCAUCCGGUGCUGCACUAGGGUCCAUACUCAGCCAAUGUCAGGAUGAUGGCCAGUUACAUCCUCUGGGAUUCCUAUCAGAGUUGUUCAAAGGGGCCAAGCAAAAUUAUGACACGCACAAUAAGGAACUACUUGCAAUCAUCCAUUCCUUUGAAUACUGGCACAUUUUCCUGGAAGGCACAAAUCACCCAAUCACAGUCUUCACGGAUCAUUGGAAUCUGGAGUACUGGAAGGAGUCUAGAACCUUCAACCGUUGCCAUGCACAAUGGCACCUCCUACUAGCUGGGUACAACUUCCAAAUUGUCUACCAUCCCGGAAAGCAAUCAGGAAAGCCAGACGCCCUUUCACGCUGCGCAGACCAUGCCAAUAUUCCUCCUGCUGACCAAACAAUGCUCCCAGACCCUGUAUUUGCCAACGUGGCCCUUGUUACCCCCAAAAGAGAACUCCAACACCAGAUUGAGGCAUCCUUAGAUCAAGAUGAGUCCCUGGAAGAAAUCCUACAAUUCCUCCAAAACAAGUCCAAGGCCCCACCAUUGAUCAAACGCGCCUUCAGGGAUUAUGAAAUGGAAGCUGGAUUGCUAUUCUACCAAGGACGCAUUGUGGUACCAGACGUUGGAACACUAAGGACGGACUUGCUCCGCAUAUUCCACAACAGCCCCUUAGCUGGUCACCUGGGUAGGCAACAAACGCUGGAACUUGUCUCAAGGAACUACUACUGGCCUGGAAUCCACGCAGACACUUAUUGGCACAUGGACUCUUGCAAGACUUGUCAACAAAUCCAGAAACCUAAAUACACAUCUAUUCCGCCCCAACCUCUAGAGCUACCAACACGCCCCUGGCAGCACAUGUCAUAUGAUAUGAUAGUAGAUUUGCCUAAAGAUGGAAACAGCAACUCUAUCCUGGUCAUUGUAGACAGCUUCACCAAAUAUGUCAUCUUGGUGGAACGUUCCAAAAAGCUCAAGGCCCCAGAACUGGCGGGCCUAUUCCUACGGCACAUAUGGAAGCGUUACGGCAUGCCCAAGAAAACAAUCUUGGACCAAGGGAGGGUCUUCAACAACAAGUUCCUGGGGGCUCUGUACCAGCGCCUAGGAAUAGACCUGCACUUUUCCUCAGCUUACCACCCUCAAAGUGACGGCCAAACAGAACAAGUGAAUUCCACAGUAGAACAUUUCCUACAGGCCUAUUCAGGGAUCAAUCAGAAGGACUGGGUCAGGUGGUUGCCAAUGGCAGAGUUUGCCUACAACAAUGCAACGCACAGUAGCACCGGCAAAUCCCCCUUUAAGGCGCUAUACGGAUGGGAACUGUCCCUGACCCUGAGCAACGUUCCAACAGAUGUCCCAGAAGCUGAUGACAUGGCAACUCAAAUGGAGAAACAAUGGCAAGAAAUAGAGGCAGCGCUCCAACAGUCAAAAUCACAAAUGACAGCUGGAGAAACGGGGGAACCAAUCAGUUUCAAAGUUGGAGAAGAAGCCUGGCUAGAUGCCAAAAACACUCUAAGUCCAAAGCUAACAGAACAACGCCUAGGCCCCUUCAAGGUCACGGAAAAAAUCUCCAACUGCGCGUACCGCCUGAAGCUCCUGCCAUCCAUGAGGAUCCACAACGUCUUUUAUGUGGGACUAUUAUCUAAAGUAAAAAGGGAUGACAAGCGUGCCUUUGAAAACCGGCCCCCACCAAUCUCCAUCAAUGGGGAAGAGGAAUACAAGGUUGAAGGAAUUAUGGACAUGGAAGAGAGGAACAGAGAAUGGUUCUUUAGGGUGAAAUGGAAAGGUUAUGGAUCAGAGGAGAAUACCUGGGAACCAAGGGAAAACCUCAAGAAUGCCGAGAAAAUGCUAAAAAAUUUUGAGAAGGAAAUGAAGAAAAAGGCCCUUGGCACUGCCAAGGCCCUUAAGGGGGGGCAGUGUUGCACCAAUCCCCCCUACGCUGUCUCAGACAUUCCAUCCACACGCUCUGGCAUCCCCCACCCAUACUCCCGUCCUACCAGUUGCUCCAGCCAUUGCUCUGUGGCAGCCAACUCCCAACCGCCCACUUGCAGCCCAUCACCUGCUCUGCAAGACCUGCCCAGAAUGGAACCAGAGCCGUCCCUUGGCGCUCUCCUCAAGGCUAUCCAAGCCCUCACUACCCAAGUUGGGUCCCUCCAGGACCAAGUCAAAUCCCAAGGCAAGCAGAUUAUCCAGCUCAUUGCCAUAUGCAAGGAAACCAACAACCUUGUUGGUGACAAAGACCAGGGCGGAGCCCAAACCAAGCCUGGCCCAUUGAGUGGGCCUGUCACCCCUCCUACCCACUCAGGAGGGGAAACCCACACUCCAGGCAUGGUUAGGCCUGGACUCAAGGCACCCUUCUGCCCCUCUAGGGGAACAGGGUUUGAUUCCAAGGAAGAAGAGGAACCAAGGAGGGCCCCCAAAAAAGAGCCUCAGGGAACGCCUAAGCGGUCACUUGGCUCCCUUACCCCCUUUGACUCCAGGUCAUCAGUAAAGAGGCCCAAAAUGGAACUCCCCAACCCUUACAAGGGAGACUCUAGGGGACAAAAAGCCACCCAAUGGCUGGAUAGGAUGCUUCUAUGGAUGGUUGUGUGGAUACUUUACCACAUGACAGAAAAGGCAGCCAACUGGGCACUCCCCCUCAUUGGGGCAAUCAUCAAGGGCAAGGGUAACCCUCCUACCACCAUCCUGGCUUUAACAGCCAAAUUCAAAGAGGCAUUUGCUGACCCCAACGCCAAACAGGCUGCUUCUAGAAAAAUAGCAGUACUCUCCCAGACCACCACCACCUCCAAGUAUGUCAUGGAGUUCUGCAACCUCAUGGCAGAAUUAGACUGGAACAAGGAAGCCUAUAUUGCGCAAUUCACGCAAGGCCUCCACUGGAAGGUCAAGGAGCUGUUGUCAACAAAGGACAACAUUCCCAACAAACUCAAAGCCAUUUUUGCAGCUUCAAUCAAGAUAGACAAUACUUGCCGCAAAAACAAGGAGAACCGCCCUAAAAAGGCACCUGCCAAGUCCCUGGCCACCGUGGCCACUUCCACUACCACCACCAGGGUCCGUCUAUCAGAGGACCCUAACUAUGUUACUCUGGAAGAAAGGGAUUGCUGCUGUGCAUCUGGGUUAUGCGUCAAGUGUGGGCAGAAGGGGCACAGCAUCAAGCAGUGUCCAAAUGGUUGGAAGGCCGCCAUCAAAGAGGUUGCCAAGCCCCUGGCCCAAUUAGAUGUGCAUGUAUUGGACUGUGAAUUUGUAUCUGUGGCUCUAGACUCUAAUAAAAAGCCCCUUUUAUUUAUUGAUCUACAUCUGCACAAUUUCCCAACAGAAAAAAUAAAAACCCUGGUGGACUCAGGCGCCACAUCCAACUUUAUUUCCCCAACAAUUGUUGAAAAACUCAAAAUCCCAAAAACCCAACUCAAAAAUCCACAAGUUGUGAGAAUGCUAGAUGGUACUAUCUCUCAGACUGGUUGCAUUUGGCACCAGGUUCACCUCACAGUCUUGGCCAAUGGCCAUACACACACAAUACCCUUUCUAGUCUGUCCCAUUGGUAACACCUUGACAAUACUAGGCAUGACUUGGCUAACAACAGAAGCACCACUCAUUGACUGGCAACAGGGUCUUAUCACCUUCCCUGAACAAAUCCAAAUUGCCUCAGAAGAAGAAGCUGAGUUGGACCCCUUAGCAAACCUCCCUCACCAAUAUCAUGAGUUUGCUAAGGUCUUUGGCAAGGAAGAAUACAAGGUCCUCCCUCCACACAGGGAGUAUGAUAUCUCCAUAGACCUUAUUCCGGAUGCCAAACUUAUGCCAGGGCCAAUUUACAGCAUGACCAACGCAGAAUCCAAGGCACUAAAGCAACAUAUUGAUGAAGAACUAGCAACAGGCAAGAUCCGCCCCAGUACUUCCUCAGCAGGUGCUCCAGUUAUGUUUGUUAAAAAGGCAGAUGGUUCCUUACAGCUGGUUGUGGAUUACCAAAAGUUGAAUAAUGUAAUGCAUAAGAACGUAUACCCGUUGCCAAGGCAAGACAACUUGAUGGCCAAACUUAGGCAUGCAAAGUUGUUCACAAAGCUAGAUCUACGCUGGGGUUACAACAACAUCAGAAUCAAGGAAGGAGAUGAAUGGAAGACAGCAUUCAGGACCAAAUAUGGGCUAUUUGAGUACCUGGUAAUGCCAUUUGGCCUCACCAAUGCCCCAGCUGCCUUCCAACAUUUCAUGAAUGACUUGUUUAGAGACCUCAUUGAUGUUACCGUGGUCAUCUACUUGGAUGACAUACUAAUCUUCUUGGAAGACCCCAAGGACCACCCAACUCAUGUCAGGGAAGUCCUAUCACGGUUGAUGAAGAAUCAGCUGUUCUGCAAACUCUCCAAAUGUCACUUUCACAUCACUACGGUUGAUUACCUUGGCAUUGUCAUAUCACCUGCAGGUUUCUCAAUGGACCAAAAGAAGAUUGAGGCAGUCACUUUGUGGCCCCAACCCAAGACAGUCAAACAAGUCCAGGCCUUCCUAGGUUUUGUCAACUACCUUUGGCGGUUCAUCCCAAACUUCAGCUCUGUGGCACAUCCCCUCCACAAUCUUACCAAAAAGGAAACCCCCUGGUCAUGGGGUGAUUUGGAAGAAAUGGCGUUCCAUGAAUUGAAAACCCUGGUUACCAGAUCUCUGGUCCUGAUUCACUCCAACCCUAUGCUUCCUUAUUACCUUGAAACAGACACAUCAGGGGUAGCAAUGGGAGCUAUACUCAGUCAACAAGGGCCAGACAAUUGGUUACACCCAAUUGCCUACAUGUCAAAAUCAUUCUCAGGAACGGAAGCAAACUACAACACCCACAACAAGGAGCUUCUGGCUAUCAUCAAGGCAUUGGAAGAAUGGAGAAUCUUCUUGGAGGCAACGGAUAAACCCAUACAGGUUUUCACAGACCAUUGGAACCUGGAAUACUGGAUGCAGGCACAAACAUUCAACUGCAGGCACACCCAAUGGCGCAUAUUCUUGAGCAAUUUCAACUUUGAGAUCCACUACCGCCCAGGGAAGCAGUCAGGGAAACCAGAUGCGUUGUCCAGGAGAUCAGACUACAUUGACAAGCCCCAGGAACCAGAAAUAAUGUUACCUGCUGAAGUAUUUGCCAACAUGUUGGAAGAGGAACUGGAGAUUGUCACAGAAAUCCAGAGCAAACUGAAAGAGGACCCCUCCCUUGAACCUAUCAUCCAGUUCCUGACAGAAGACGCAGACAACGCACCUCCCUCUAUCCAAAAAGCCUAUCAAGACUAUGACUGGGAGGAAGACCUCCUGUGGUAUUGCAGAAAACUAGUUGUCCCGGACUUGGAACCCCUCAAGGAAUGA